CCAGGCGGUGGCCGACCGGCCGGCCGGGAGGGAGGGAUGCCGGGGCUGGGGAGCGGGAUCCCCUUGGGGGACUGGCAUCGUCCCUGAAGGCCGCCGCAGGGGGCGACGCUCUGGACAGCAUCAGCAUCCAGGGUCCCUCCUGCAUCCCUUCUGCAUCAGCACCGCCAGCAGGAGCAGCGCCGCCUCCCCCGCCUGCUGCAAAGGUAGGACCAGGGGCUAAAUUCCCCUCACCACUGCCUGUUCCUUCCUGAGGAGUCCCCGGUGGGGGGGCCCUCCCCACCCAACUUGGCAUGAUGAUGUGCGAAGUGAUGCCGACCAUCAAUGAGGACAACCGCCGCGGCUCGGCCUACGGGGCCGACGAUGCAAACUUUGAGCAGCUCAUGGUCAACAUGCUGAACGAGCGUGAGAGGUUACUGGAGACGCUGCGCGACACACAGGAGAGCCUGUCCACCUCACAGCUCCGCCUACGCGAACUGGGCCAUGAGAAGGAGUCCCUCCAGCGUCAGCUCAACAUUGCCCUCCCGCAGGAAUUUGCUGCACUUACGAAGGAGCUGAACUUGUGUCGGGAGCAACUGUCUGAGCGCGAGGAGGAGAUCUCCGAACUGAAGGCCGAACGGAACAACACACGGCUACUUCUAGAACAUCUGGAAUGCUUGGUGUCUCGACACGAACGCUCCCUCCGCAUGACGGUGGUGAAGCGCCAGGCCCAGUCACCGGCUGGCGUCUCGAGUGAAGUCGAAGUCCUGAAAGCCCUCAAGUCUCUCUUUGAACAUCACAAAGCCCUGGAUGAGAAGGUUCGAGAGCGGCUGCGUGUGGCAUUGGAGCGGGUUGCUGUAUUGGAGGAGGAGUUGGAAAUGUCCAAUCAGGAGUCUCUGUCUCUUCGAGAGCAGCUUGCCCGACGUCGAUCUGGCCUAGAUGACCCUAGCAAAGAGGGCGAUGCCCAGAUUUGUGCCAAUGGAUCAGGCUCCCUCGACUUGGGACGCGGCGGUCGUGAAUCAGAGCUCGAGGAGGUCCUGGAGCGCCAGCGAGGAGAGCUCUCCCAGCUGAAGGAACGACUGACCAUGCUGUGCCGGCAGAUGGCUGAGCUCGAGGAAGAGCUGGCCACGGCCCAGCGGGAUCUCAUCAAGUCUGAGGAGAUCAAUGCCAAACUGCAACGAGACCUCAAGGAGGCGUUAGCCCAGCGGGAGGACAUGGACGAGCGGAUCACCACGCUGGAGAAACGCUACCUGAGUGCGCAGCGGGAGGCGACUUCUCUUCACGAUGUCAACGACAAACUGGAGAAUGAGCUGGCCAGUAAGGAAUCCCUGUAUAGACAAAGUGAAGAAAAGAACAGGCAGCUACAAGACUGGUUGGAAGAUGCCAAGCAGAAGCUUCAGCAGACCCUGCAGAAGGCUGAGACCUUGCCGGAGAUAGAGGCCCAGCUGGCCCAGCGAGUGGCCGCCCUCAACAAGGCGGAAGAGCGCCAUGGGAAUUUUGAGGAGCGCCUGCGUCAACUUGAGGCCCAGUUGGAAGAGAAAAACCAAGAGCUCCAACGGGCACGCCAGCGGGAGAAAAUGAAUGACGAACACAACAAGCGCCUCUCGGAGACAGUGGACAAACUGCUGUCGGAAUCAAAUGAGCGUCUCCAGUUGCAUCUCAAGGAGCGAAUGGGGGCCCUGGAGGAGAAGAACACACUGAGUGAGGAAAUUGCCAACAUGAAGAAAGUUCAGGAUGAACUCCUGGCGAACAAGGAACAACUACUGGCAGAGAUUGAGAGGAUGCAAAUGGAAAUCGACCAGCUACGUGGACGCCCGGUCUCUACUUACUCUCGGUCUCUGCCGGGCAGCGUGCUGGAGCUGCGUUACUCCCAGGCGCCGACGCUGCCCGUGGGGGCCCACGUGGACCAUUAUAGCAGUGCUGGCGUGGCAAGACGUUCAAAGAAGGGUCGCUGGUCCGUCAAGGAUGAGGCCACCAAGGUGAUACCCACUCAGGAGUGGGAAAGGGCCCAGCAGGCAGCUGGAGGCCCUUUUGAGGGCGGGUUGGACGGUUCGGAUGAAGAUGAGCGAGACCCCCUGUUCAGCUCAGCUGACCUGCUGUCCCCCAGUGGGCAGGCUGAUGUGCAGACCCUGGCCAUUAUGCUACAGGAGCAGCUGGAGGCCAUCAACAAGGAGAUCAAAUUGAUCCAGGAAGAAAAGGAAUCCACAGAACAACGGGCAGAGGAGAUCGAAAGCCGGGUGACCAGUGCCAGCUUGGACGGUUCCUUGGGCCGAUACCGCUCGGGUGCUUCCAUUCCCCCCUCGGUCACCAGCUCCACUCUGGCCAGCCCCUCUCCUCCCAGCAGUGGCCAUUCUACUCCCCGCCUGGCCCCCCACAGUCCUGCUCGCGAUGGAGAGAAAAUGCAGAACCAUGUUGUCAAGGAAGAGGGGCGAGGGUCUGAGGAGAAGGCCCUAGCACUGUGCGAGCCCCCAGCUCCCUCUACACCUCGCACAAUGCGUUUAGAGCGCAUGACCCAAGCCUUAGCCCUGCAGGGUGGAUCGCUGGAAGACGGGCGGGAGCUGAGGACCAGCAUGGGGUCGGAAAUCACCAACAGCAGCCAGGAUUCUUUGCACAAAUCCACCAAGAAGAAAAGUAUCAAAUCCUCCAUCGGGCGCCUCUUCGGCAAGAAAGAGAAAGGGAGGCUGGGACAGUUGGGCCGUGAGUCUCCUUCGCUUGCUGGGACACCAUCAGAUGAGAUGUCACCUGGAGACCCCCUGGGCCUUUCUAAGCUCUCCGGACCUGUGGACAAGGACCGUAGGAACAAAAAGAAGCACGAGUUAUUAGAAGAAGCUUGUCGGCAAGGCUUGCCUUUCGCCGCCUGGGACGGUCCCACCGUUGUGUCGUGGCUGGAGCUAUGGGUUGGCAUGCCAGCUUGGUACGUGGCUGCCUGCCGUGCCAAUGUCAAGAGCGGUGCCAUAAUGGCCAACCUGUCGGACACAGAAAUCCAGCGGGAGAUCGGCAUCAGCAACCCCUUGCACCGACUCAAGCUGCGCCUUGCCAUUCAGGAGAUGGUGUCGCUCACCAGUCCCUCUGCCCCGUCCACAUCCCGCACGUCUACUGGAAACGUGUGGAUGACGCAUGAAGAGAUGGAAUCUCUGACAGCCACAACGAAGCCAAUCUUGGCCUAUGGCGACAUGAACCAUGAAUGGGUAGGGAACGACUGGCUGCCCAGCCUUGGUUUGCCUCAGUACCGCAGCUAUUUCAUGGAGUCGCUGGUCGAUGCCCGGAUGUUGGACCAUCUCAAUAAGAAGGAACUGCGGGGCCAGCUUAAGAUGGUCGACAGCUUCCACCGGGUGAGCCUCCAUUACGGGAUCAUGUGCCUGAAGCGUCUUAACUAUGACCGGAAAGAACUGGAACGAAGGAGGGAAGAGAGUCAGAACCAAAUCAAAGAUGUAAUGGUCUGGUCCAACGAACGCGUCAUGUGCUGGGUGCAGAUGAUUGGACUGAAAGAGUUUGCCAACAACCUGGUGGAGAGUGGGGUACACGGGGCUCUCCUCGCCCUGGAUGACACCUUUGAUUGCAACGACUUGGCCCUGCUGCUGCAAAUCCCUACCCAGAACACACAGGCUAGGCAGAUGUUGGAAAAAGAAUUUGGGAACCUCAUCUCCAUGGGAACAGACCGGCGGCUGGAUGAGGACAGUGCCAAGACAUUCAGCCGUUCCCCAUCUUGGCGAAAGAUGUUCCGGGAGAAGGACCUCCGCGGUGUCAGCCCCGAUUCAGCUGAGAUGCUGCCGGCCAAUUUCCGCACAGCCUCCGUGGCCUCCAUUACCUCACCCGGGGUGCAGCUUCGUAAGAUGCAGCCAGAGGGGAACUCACUAGGUAGCCAACGGGCGGACAGUAUGUCAGUGCGAACGUACUCCUGUUAAUGCCAAGCCAAUGGAGACGAUGUCCUGGGUGUGUCUGGUCACCCUGCCUUGGACAGGAGGACUCCCGCUGCUGCCCCGCCCUCCUCAUCACGUACUCUGAACCAGACUGUGGGGAGCUGCUGCUGCUGUUGUGGAGAAGGAAAGUGGGGGAGCACACGGGAAUGCCGGAGAGAGCCGGAGCGUGCUCUCUCUCCUUCCCCUGCACUCCCCCGUCCUCCUAGCAGCAGUGGCUUGUGGCCACCGGCGAACUCAAGGGACUAAACUGGGGAGGGAGCCCCUCCCCAGCUGUGCAGGGGAACUGGGGCUUCAAACUCUGGUGUCUAUUUAUUGUUGUUGUUAUUCCGGGCAGGGGCAUAAGAAUGUGAAUGAAAAUAUUACGCCCCACCCCACCCCGACAUCCCAUUCUAAUGCGCUCCGAUACAUCCAUCCCUCUUCCCUCUCCCCAAAGGGUCCAGGGCGGGGGGGUUGUCUCACCUUGCCUUCCUGUUGCCACGGAUUGGACCAACCGGCCCACCUACCCUGGUAGCCCACUCUGCUCCCAACCAUCCCAAGGGUGCUAAAUGUUCCAUUGGCACUUUUGCAUUGCUGCUACUGUACCCUGUUUUCACCUCAUGAUUUCCAGAAGGGCAUUUGCUGCUCAGAGCCCCUCCCCCCCCCCGAACCAAUUCUCCAUCCCUCAUCUCAGCAAAAAGGGGGGGGGAGCAGGAAGCAGAUAAUCUCUUUUUCUCCAGGAUGGGAAGUCAGGAGAGAAGUGCUGGAUCAAGAGCCAUGUUCACACCCGGCAGUAGUCUCCCCCGCCCCGCCCCCCAGUGGGCUGAUCCAGAGCUCUGAAUUGGGGAUGCCUGUUAUACACAGCUACUGCCACCACCCCAGAAGCAGCUGCAUCUUGGCGUAUGUAAGGAAUCCCUUCUUAGAGAGCCACAGCCCUCCCACCCCCUCUUUUUCC